AUGGAUGCUUGCGCGAUAGCAGCAGAGAGCACGGACGCGAUAGUGAUGGAUGAUUCUCUCGUGGAUGAGAAGGAAAUUCAGGAGGCUUGCCAGAGCGAGAUCCCGGCGGUUUCUCUGUGCCCCCCUGACAGCUCUGCUGAGGCCCAGUUGACAGUCAUCCAGUCUGAAGGGGAGCUGUGUGACAGCUGCAGCAGCCUCGGCAGACCGUCUUCCUCCUUCCAGCUUUAUCACCAAGUCCCCCAGAGUCCUCAAACCGGGGCUUACGAUUCGCCGCAGCCCCGGAAGUGUCCCCACUGCAGCCACCACGGGCCGAUCAAACCCAGCGUCUGCCACAACUGUCAUUCAAACGCCGCUCAUGCAGAAGGAGGUGUGGUUGUGAAAGUGGGCCACAGCUGCAGCUCUGGCCAUCAGGCGUCCCGUCACGGAGCGGUGCGAUGCCACUGGCUGCACGGGUCAAACGAGAGGACGCAGAAACCGAAGCAGCGGCAUGUGGUGACAGUCAGGGACGGAGGACUUUACUGGAUUCUUAAAAACUACUCACAGGUGAUCGUGGACUAUCCGUUAGCGGCUCUGCUGGGUUGUGCAGUGCUGCUGCUGGGAUGCUCGCUGGCAGGAUUCUUCAUCGGUCCGCUGCCAGACUUCUCCGAUCCGCUGCUGGGUUUCGAGCCGCGGGGAACGUACAUCGGAGUUCGCCAGUCCAGCUUGUACGAGCUGCAGGAGAACACGGGCCCGGGGAAGACUCUGUCUCCUUUACCACAGCAGCUCAGCAAAAGGUCAGCGGGGAGUUUUAACAGUAGCGGCGGCGGCGGCCAGGACGCCCCAAGGGUUCGUAUCAAGAGGAUGCUGGCCAGAGACUCCUCUCUAGACACCUUCCUGUGUGAUGCUCCAGACGAGCGUUUGGCCCAGCUGGUGUUUCGAUCAGAAAACGCCGCCAGUCUCUGGAGUCUGAAAGCGAUCCACGCCAUGUGUGACAUGGAGCAAUCCAGGAUUCGCUCCCAGGCCCAGUUCCAAGACCUGUGCCAGCAGCAUGUGAAGGUGGAAGCCGAGGGGACGUCCAGAAGCGGCUGUUGUCCGAGCUGGUCUCUGGGGAAUUACUUGGCAGUCCUCACUAAUGCCUCCAGCUGCCUCAGCCUCACCUCACAGCAAGUUACCGAGUCCCUGAACCUUCUGCGGAAAUGUGCUCAGUACUAUCACGAAGGACAUCUCGUGGAAGGCUGCGUCGAGAGACCCAAACAUGGCAGCUGCUCCUCCGUUCCCUCCCGCUGCAAACAGUCCCGUGUGGUGUUCCAGAUCCUGCACUUCCUCGUCGACAAAGACUUCCUCGGCCCGCAGACCGUUGAGUACCAAAUCCCGACGCUGAAGUACAGCCUUCUGUUCCUCCCCGUCAACAAAGGACAACACAUGAUGGAGAUGUACAUGAACAACCUGGAAGGCCAGGAUCUCACAUACAAUUACACGACUAUCACCGGCAUAGACUUUGGCAUCAAGCAGACCCUGUUCAAGUACUACCUGGCGAGGGAUUCGGUGUACCCCAUGCUAGCGGUUGCAUCUCUUCUUUUCACGAUGGCUCUUUAUCUCCACUCUCUCUUCAUCGUAGCAUUAUCUAUAAUAGCAAUCACAGGCUCCCUCCUGACCUCCUAUUUCUUCUACAAAGUAGCAUUUCGUCUGACUUUCUUUCCUUUGGUCAACCUCUCUGCGGCUCUUAUUCUCUUGGGAAGUUGCUCCAAUCAGGUUUUCAUCUUUACCGACUUCUGGAAUCUGCAGCUGACCCAGAACCCGUCAGCCUCCCUGGAGAAGCGAGUGAACCGAGCUCUGCAGGAAGUCGGAUAUUUGAUUUUAGCGUCAGGGUUGACCUCCAGCGCGGCAUUUUUCUCCGGUUAUCUCAGCAGCAUCACAGCAAUCAGAUGUUUCUCCAUUUAUCUCGGAACCGCCUCUUUCAUCAGCUCCCUGUUGGCGUUCGUGUGGCUGCCGUGCUCGUUCAUCCUGCGUGAGCGCUACACGAAGUCGUCCUCCGCUAACCCCGCGGCGCAAGGAUGGAAACCCUGCUGCUCCAAAAACACCGGUGGCUUCUGGGACACGAGCUCACGCAAGAGAUGCCUCUUCAGCCUUGGGCAGAAGUUGAGAGAGUUAAAACGGGGUCUCACGGACACAUCCAAUUUACUGUUUCUGAAAAUCCUGCCUUGUGGAGUGGUAAAGUUUAGGUACAUCUGGGUGUGCUGGUUCGCCGUGCUCGCAGCCGGGGGCACAUACAUGGCGUGCAUCGACCCGGGCAUGAAACUGCCCACCCUCGACAGCAGGGUCACCCAGCUUUUCCGCUCCAGUCAUCCAUUCGAGAGAUUUGACUCAGAGUAUAGCCACAUGUUCAUGUUUGAGAGACAGAAAAAUGGAGAGGAUAAGCCUGUUACGUUAAUGCUUGUUUGGGGUGUCAAACCAACCGAUAAUGGGGAUCACUUUGACCCAAGAAGCAACGGCUCUCUAGUUCUCGACCCAGACUUUAACAUGAGCCGACCUGACGCUCAGGUUUGGUUGAGGGAUCUAUGUGCACGGGUCCAGAACCAAAGCUUUUAUUCCCCUCUGACCCCCGAGGACAAAGACGUGAUAACAGACAAUAUCUGCCUCGUGGAGCAGCUAGUACACUGGGUAUCCGUCAGAAGGUGCUCGGACAGCGAUGACGCCCUUCAUUUUUGCUGUAAUGACAUCCCUUUCCCCUACCCUCCCAACGUUUUUGAGAACUGCCUUAGUAUGAUGCUGGCAGAGAGGUACGCCGAGGGCCAUCUGGCACACAGCGGAGGCCUGUACUUCCAGCCAGAUGGCAGGGUCGCUGCCCUCGUGUUGGCAUUCAAAACCACAUACCUCUACAGCUUCAACUUCAGCAAAACCAGUGCUUUUUACAGAGAAAUCCUUACUUGGUUUAACAGAGAAAUAUCAGGAGCACCACAAGGGCUGGAGAACGGCUGGUUCAUCAGUCAGCUGUCUCUUUUUGAUCUACAGCAGUCUUUAGGCUCUGAGACUCUGGUCGUAGCUGGCUUCUCAGUAGCUCUCACAUUUGUUUUGCUGCUCGUAACCACUUGGAAUAUUCCACUGAGCAUAUAUGGGACUCUGGCUGUAGGAGGCAGUGUGUUUGUCACAGUCGGCCUCCUUGUUCUUCUUGAAUGGCAGCUGAAUGGCAUUGAGGCUCUGUUUAUAUCAUCCGCCGCAGGGUUGUCUGUUGACUUUAUCGCUAAUUAUUGCAUAUCCUACAGCUUAGCUCCUCAUUCAGACAAAAUUGGCAAAGUAGCACAUGCCACUAAGAGGAUGGGCUGUCCUGUAGCAAUAGUGUCGGGAGCGUUUUUCUGCAUGGGGAUUAUCAUGCUACCUGCCACGGCCUUGCCGUUCAGAAAACUUGGGAUUUUCCUGUUUUUGGUGAAAUGUGUAGCGUGUGGGUUUGCGACCUUCUUUUUCCAGUCGCUGUGCUGUUUUUUCGGACCCCAGAGAAACUGUGGAACGAUCUCGCUGCCGUGUUGUUCAGACCAGACAGACGCCGUGCUGUCCUCUUGCUCUGAGCCCGGUUCUUCGUCAGCCUCGGCCGCUAAUGGGGCCUUUGGCAGAUCUAGAGCGAGGAGGAGUUAUGACAAAGAAGCAGCCGGUUACCUCUACCCCAACCACCAACGUCAGCACAGACAGAAGCCACCCGGAGGAGGAGGAGGAGGCGGCGGGAACCGAGGGCCGGAGCAGUACGAGCUCCAGCCUUUGGCUUAUCGACUGAGUGACAGCUUUGAGAACAGCACCUGCACCAGCAAACUGUCCAACCGGCCCUCCGUGCUCUCUGAUGAGAUCGAGUACUCUGGGAGAGAUGAGGGCAGGAACAGCUUGGACGGGGAAAGCGAGGAGGUCUGCAGUCAUCAGCAUAAGAUGGGCCAAGCGCCACCAGCCCUCCAGACCUCAUCUCCUUACAAAGACAACACCCUACACCCGAUAGGCCUGGCACAAGCAGAUGUAGCUAAGGACAAGCUGCUGUGUAAAACCUGCAGGGGACACAGUGUUGAGCUGAAGCACUGGAGCAAUACAUCCUUCUCCUCAUCUUCAAGCAUCGAGGAGACCAUCAUCAGCCAAACGCUGGAGACCACCGACCAGCCGUCUCUCUGCAAAGGUGAAAACACCGCAGGGGAGAGUCACUAUGGUCACCACUGCUCCCACAAAGGGCUCUCGUCGCAGUCUCAGAGCUCCUGCGAGGGCCUCGAGGAUUCCUGCGAAACAUGCCUCAGCGACAUCGAACCGGGGCCUUCAAACCUUCAGCAACACGAGGGCGAGGCGGAGGUCCAUUUACAACCGGGACACCUCAACGGGAAGAGAGACACGCUUCGUCUCUCGCUGAAAGAAACGGUUUACGAGAGCUGUGGUAAAGGUCGCACCAGCCAGAGUGAAGAGGUGGUCAUUCUACCCAACAGCAAGCCCGACUUACCGGACGUCUGGAUAAAGAGAGACGGACAACGAGAGGAUACGUGCUGA